AUGUCUCACCAAAAGAGCUCUGGGUAUUCAAGAAUGUCUGUCGGAAGUGGGGUCGGCUAUGGCACAGCAAAUUGUUCUUUCCUUGAAAACUCUGGAGGACCGUAUGGUGCUGGAGCCUUUGGUGGUAGCUUGAGCGGUGGUGGCGCCGGUGGCUUUGGUGGGGCAGACUAUUGCGGCUUUGGUGGUGGUGCGGCUUAUGGUGGAGCUUACGGUUUUGGUACUGGAGGAGACGGCCUUCUGACUGGAGGGGAAAAGGAAACCAUGCAAAAUCUCAACGAUCGCUUGGCUGCAUACCUCGACAAAGUCCGUUCCCUGGAAGAGGCCAACCACGAACUUGAAUGUAAAAUCCGAGACUGGUACGAAAAGCACAGCAAAGCAUGCAUGCCAGAUCGCGACUACAGUAAAUAUUAUCAAAUCAUUGAAGACCUGAAAAAGAAGAUUUUCAGUACUACCGUGGAAAAUGCUAGGAUCGUCCUCCAGAUUGACAAUGCUCGCCUGGCCGCUGAGGACUUCAAACUCAAGUAUGAGAAUGAGCUUUGCCUCCGUCAAAGCGUAGAGGCUGAUAUCAAUGGUCUACGUAGAGUAUUGGAUGAACUGAACUUGGCCAAGUGUGACCUCCAGUCACAGAUUGAAAAUUUGACAGAGGAGCUGGCGUGUCUCAAGAAGAACCAUGCAGAGGAGUUAAAAUGCUACCAAGGAGCCACUGGACAAAUCAGCGUGGAAAUGAAGGCAGCUCCCGGAAUUGAUCUGACCAAAGUGCUGAACGACAUGAGAGUGGAGUAUGAACAAAUGGCCGAGAAGAACCGCCGAGAAGCAGAAGCAAGAUUCCUUGAAUCGAGUAAUGCCCUCAAGCAGCAAAUCUCAUGCGGAGCUGAACAGGUCCAAUCAAGCAAAAAUGAAAUAACAGACUUGAGGCGUACGGUCCAGACGCUGGAAAUUGAACUGCAAGCUGCUUUGGCUAUGAAAAAAUCACUGGAAAACUCUUUAGCUGAAACCGAAGGAAAUUACUGUGUCCAGCUGUCGCACCUCCAAGCCAAGAUCAGCUCCGUGGAGCAACAGCUAUGCGAGGUCCGGAAUGACAUGGAGCGGCAGAGCUUGGAGUACGCGCAGCUCUUGGACGUUAAGAUCAGACUCGAGCAAGAAAUCGAGACAUAUCGUCGCCUGCUCGAUGGAGAGGGAAGCAUAAAGACUCUGCCGGCACCAUUUAUAAAAGAGUCAGCCAAAAGCAGAAAGAUUAAAACCAUUGUUGAAGAAAUCUGUGAUGGGAAAGUAGUGUCACAACAAGUCAAGGAAACGGAAGAGAAGAUGUAAAAAAAAUAAAAAGGAAAUGUCGACCCUCUUAAAAGAAGACCGCCUUAAAAUAUCAGCUUAAAAAAAGUCUCUCCAAAAAUAUGAAACAAAAACAAAAAAAAUGCUAUGCUUUCUACUUUUCUACAUCUAUUAAGUCUUUGGUGAUUUUGUUUACUGCAGAUUCCAUUAAAUAAAUAUUGAUGCAAAA